CCGUGAUCCAUCUGGUGCCGCUCUUGCUUCUUCCCACGCCGACGUCGUCCUCGUCCUCGUCCUCGUCCCCUUCGUUGUCGUUGCUGCAGCUGACUGACAUUCAGCCCUGGCGAGGAAGCAGCGAAAGCACAAGCCACAUGAUUACCCACGUGUAAUUUUAGAGCUCCACCCUGAGCACGCCAAUUGUCGAUAGUAGAUUGAGUGUGCAACGACGACGACGACGACAACGACGACGACCAGGGCCCACCAGUCUCCUUGACCUGUUGGACUCAGCUUUAGAAGCAGGAGAUAGACAAAAUGCUCAUCAAAGUGAAGACGCUGACGGGCAAGGAGAUCGAGCUCGACAUCGAGCCCACAGACAAGAUCACUAGGAUCAAAGAGCGGGUCGAGGAGAAGGAAGGCAUUCCUCCAGCUCAGCAGCGCCUCAUCUUUGGUGGAAAGCAAAUGCACGACGAAAAAACAGCAAAGGAGUUCGGCGUUGAGGGCGGCUCGGUUCUUCACUUGGUUCUGGCUCUUCGCGGUGGUGCUUUUGUUGGUGCGAUGCGCGGGUAG